AUGAAUGACGUUCGAACGAAAAUAUUUCGAUUGGGUCACAAAGCAACUGAAGCAGCGAAUAAUAUAUGCAGUACGAUGGGUCCCGGUAUCCUGUCCAUCCGCACGGCACAACAUUGGUUUGAUCGAUUUCAUAAUGGGAAUUACGAACUUGAUGAUCAACUCAGGUGCGGAAGACCUAUCGAAGUCGAUAUCGAUCUUUUGAAGCAGCAGAUUGAACAAGAUCCGCGAUUGACGACACGUGCUUUAGCAGCUGUGCUCGGGUGCUCCCAUAGCACGGUAGAAAAACAUUUGGCUGAUCUUGGCAAGAGCUGGAAAUAUGGGGUAUGGAUUGCACAUGAAUUAUCACCGUAUCAGCUUCAGUCAAGGGUGGACACGUGUAUAGAUUUAACCACAUCUCAUUGUAAUCAUCAAUGGCUGCGCAAUCUUGUCACUGGAGAUGGGAAGUGGGUGCUCUAUGUUGACCAUACACGCCGACGGCAAUGGGUUAGCAGUGGUGAAACUGGGGUGGCAACACUUAGAAUGGACAUGCAUCCCAAAAAAAGUGAUUUUGAGUGUCUGGUGGGGCAUGUGAGGAAGCAUCUAUUGGAAGCUUCUUCCUAA